AGGAACCUGGAGGUACAAAUAGCAGAGGACGAAAACCUUCCACCUAAUCACCGGACCAGAUCCAGCGAGCAACCAUGAAGACCUUCAUCUUCCUUGCUCUCCUGGGAGCUGCUGCUGCUUUCCCCACUGACGACGAUGACAAGAUCGUCGGGGGCUACACCUGCCAGGAGAACUCCGUCCCCUACCAGGUGUCCCUGAACGCUGGCUACCACUUCUGUGGUGGCUCCCUCAUCAACGACCAGUGGGUGGUGUCGGCGGCUCACUGCUACAAGUCCCGAAUCCAGGUGCGUCUGGGAGAACACAACAUUGAAGUCAUCGAAGGCAACGAGCAAUUUAUUAACUCGGCCAAGGUCAUCCGCCACCCCAAGUACAAUGGCAGAACCAUUGAUAACGACAUCAUGCUGAUUAAACUGAGCGCACCUGCCACCAUCAGCUCUCGAGUGUCCACGGUCUCUCUGCCAAGAUCUUGUGCAGCUGUUGGGACCCAGUGUCUCAUCUCUGGCUGGGGCAACACCCAGAGCAAUGGCUAUGACUACCCCGAGCUCCUGCAGUGCCUGGACGCCCCCAUCCUGUCCGACAGCACUUGCCGCAACGCCUACCCUGGCCAGAUCACCAGCAACAUGAUGUGCCUGGGCUUCCUGGAGGGCGGCAAGGACUCCUGCCAGGGUGACUCUGGUGGCCCCGUGGUCUGCAACGGAGAACUCCAGGGCAUUGUCUCCUGGGGCUACGGCUGCGCCCUCAGCGGCAAGCCUGGUGUCUACACCAAGGUCUGCAACUACGUGGACUGGAUUAAGGAGACCAUCGCUGCCAACUAAGCACGUUUAUGUCUUCAUGACCCAUCGCGGGAGACAACUUCACCGUCUUCCUGUGCCUGAAAACAGUAUCUAAAUAAAAACAUUCUG